AUGUCUCUGAACCAACUCUGGGAGGCGGCCUCCACGAACCCUUACAGCCCACCCGUUGAGAAAGACCGCCAGUUCGCGAUUGGAUUUGGCUUGUUACUUAUUGCUUUCGUCUACUCUGGUCUCUUCAGCCUCAAUUUAUCCUUCAAAAGCAUCAUCUCAUCUGGCCUUCCGGCUGCAUUGGCGUUUGGCUUCGGUGCCGUGUACAUGAUCUGCGCCGUCGGGGUCUACGUCUGA